AUGCUACCCGGCCCUGCCCCUCACAGGAUGUCCAGCUCAGACAGACCCUCGGGGGAGACAGAUGUCCGGCAGCUUCUGAAACUCUACCGAACGGAGAUCUCUAUGGCCGUAGAUGACACUUUCCCCCUGCUCCAUGGCCUGGCUGAUCAUGAUGUCAUCACGGAAGAUAAGUUCAAGGAGACUCAGAGUCUGAGAGAAAAGGAUGGCUGCCACAAGGCCCUCCAUGCCCUGCUCAGCUGGCUCCUGGGGAGGGACUCGGCCUCCAUACGUGGCUUCUGGACUGUACUGUUUAAGGACUACAACCUGGAGAGAUACGGGAGGUUACAAGCCAUUCGUAGCAGCUUCCCCAAAGAUGUGGACCUCAGCCGAAGCCACAAAGGGAGGAGAGCCCCAGCCAGCACCCACAGACUCCAGGGGAAGAGGAAAGGCCCUGAAGAAAAGGAGUCCCCUCAGCCAGCCUCUCAGGCGCUGAGAAGUGCUUCCAGUCCAGGUGUGUGCCAGAAAGAUGUCUGGAAUGUGCGUGGUGGUCCCGUGGCCCUCGGACCCCCCCACAAGGUGAAGCCCCCCAAGAAGCCAGAGAACCCAGAGCCGCCACGCUUCCCUCUGGGAAAUGGAAUUCGGAGCAUGUCUGCAUCAGUCCAGAGGGCUGUGGCUGUGGCUUCUAGCGAGCUCCCAGGCACCUGUGGGGCAGUGGAGGGAGUCCUUAUCAAACAGGUGUUUGAGUCAGGUAGCUCCAAGAAAUGUAUCCAAGUUGGUGGAGAGUUUUAUACACCAGGCAAGUUUGAGGACUCCAUUGGAAAGAACAAAACAAGAAGCCCCAAACCACCAGCUCGAACCAAAGCUACUCAAGCAUCCCACCAUGGCAGCAGGGCAGAACUACAGCUGAGCCAACAGGGCAGUGUGUCUGCCACACCAGCCCAGCACCCUGAGCUGCACCUCCACCAGAAGAAUGACGAUGAGUGUGCUGUGUGCAGGGAUGGUGGGGAGCUAAUCUGCUGUGACGGUUGUCCUCGGGCCUUCCACCUGGCCUGCCUAGAGCCGCCAUUGACUGAGAUUCCCAGCGGGAUGUGGCGGUGUGGAUGCUGCAUAGUUGGGAAGGUGCACCAGGAUGGGCAUCACGGAGAGGAAAGAGACCCCCACUCAGAGACUGCGACUCUCCUUGGACUGAGGCCGGCCAGAACACAGGAGAAGAACCCCAUCCAGGAGCCGAGCCCAGGCCUGGUGGCUACUUUUGCCUUCAAACAGCCUCUCCCCGCUGCUGCUUCUCCAUCUCUGAUGCCGGCAAUACCUUUGGCUACCUGCCAGCCCCUGCAGAACCCGGAGUCCGAGAGCCAGCAGAUAGGUGCCCAACGGUACCUCUUUGACCUCUCUUCCCACUCUAGGGGGAUGGUCAAGUGCAAGCUCUGUUCUGAAGACGCCGUCCUCACUGCUGGAGAGGAGACUCUGAGCUCCAGUAUCCCAGCCCUGGACUCUGUGAAGGUGGUUGGAGAUGCUUCUGGGAAGGAGACCAUUGUGAACAAAGAUGAGCUGGACGUGUUUCUAGGAGAGAACUCUUUUGAUGGAAUCCUGCAGUGGGCACUCCAGAAUAUAUCGCGUCCCCUCUCCGAGACCCAGAGCUUUUUCUCUUAA